AUGAGCGUAAUAUGCUUGAGUGGAUCCGGAGUGCCUGCUCCAUUAUCCCAUCGUACAUCUUUGAGAGGGGUAACGGUCGUUACAAUUUCGAGGAGGUUACAGAUUCGAGAGGCACGUACGGUGCGCAGUAGCGAGUUGUUGGUGGAGCCGCUUCAUCCUUUCGUCAUGACCCCGGCCUAUGCUCCUGAUAUGCUCUUGCUUGUCUUGAAGGAACUGACCACCUUCCCAGUGUGCGAGAAGCCGCCCUAUCAAGUGUCUGAAACCGGGUGGGGAGAGUUCACUGUCCAGAUCAAGGUGACCUUCGUCCCGGAGGCGGGAGAGAAAGCCAUCACCUUGCAGCAUCCCAUCAAGCUGCAUCACUGGGGAGAGCCCAUUGAAGCUCCGCCGGCUGUCACGGCGGCUCCUACCCCUGCGGAGACGCCGGCACCGGCCACUGCAGCACCAGGCGCUGAGACGACGCCUGCGAAUGCUUCGACAACAGCGACGGACGACCUCAAGGAGGCGAAAGCUGAGCCUGACACGCCCGUACAACCUUCUGCACCCGCAUCGACAGCUGGCGAGGCAUCGACCGAAGCUUCGACUGAUGCCGCUACAGGAACCGCCACCCCGGCCGUCGACUCUGCGACUGUCGCCACCCCGUCAGCUCCGCCAGCAGCGGCCGCACCGCCCAUCCCGACUGUGGCAUCCACAUACCCCGUGCACUCUUGGCAGUAUGACGAGAUGGUGUUCUCUGACCCGCCGUCCAACUUUCUCCAGAUCCUUGAAGAACACCCGCCUACCCCUCUGCCCGCCCGCAACCGUCGUCCCAGGGACCAAAGGGAGCAGCACGAUAUGAAGACUGGUAACUCUAAGAAGAAGCGCGCCAUCUCCCGAGUGGGCUCACGAGCGGGCACGGAGACCCGACAAGGAACGCCAGUUACGCCCAUGACUCCCCAGACUCCGAUCCCCGGUCAGGUGGGAGUCCCCGGCGAACCUGGAAGCGCAGACGUCCCACUGGAAUUCUCUUUGGAGAUGGAGAAGGGUGAACUCAACAAACUCACUGAGACGAGGAUACGCAUUGUCCAGGAGAUGGACCGCUGGAGGUAA